GGGGGAUUCAGCGCUGAUACCGGCGCAGUUUGGGGAGCGUCAUGGCGGAUAAGGCACAGUUGCUCGAAGCUAUCAAAACACAAGGAGAGCUGGUCCGGAAGCUCAAGACAGAAAAGGCCGGCAAAGAGCAGGGUCGCUGAUCACUUUUCUCCUGUUCUUCCUGCUUGGUGUAUCUUCGCCAUUGGGGGAUUCAUCCAUCAUUGCUGUCUUCCCUUCACCGCUGCUGUACCACGGAUGGCCUUUUACUUUGGAUUAUUUUAUGCCCUAUAAUUGAUAUAUGGGUUGUUGAACGUUUGGACUUGGGUGAACCACCCUAACUUUGUGCAUGUGAACAUUUUUGAUGGUUAUAUUUUUCUCUGUUGGGAACAUGAAUAAAUUGGGAAUGUUUCCUGUGCGUCUGAUCACUGGACUUAUUGCACAUGGACGCGGACUGUGUCCACGGCCUCUCCGGCAUCUCUCUGGGAUGACUGUCUCACAGAUCGAUGAGGAAGUUGCCAAACUCCUGCAGCUCAAGGCCCAGUUGGGCGGAGAUGACUGCAAACAUACCUUUGUGCUCAAGACGGCUAAGGGCACCAGGGAUUACAAUCCCAGGCAGAUGGCCAUCCGGGAAAAGGUCUUCAACAUCAUCAUUAACUGCUUCAAACGCCAUGGAGCUGAAACUAUCGACACACCUGUCUUUGAGCUGAAGGAAACAUUGACGGGGAAGUACGGUGAAGACUCCAAGCUCAUCUAUGACCUGAAGGACCAGGGUGGAGAACUGCUGUCUCUGCGCUAUGAUCUCACUGUGCCCUUUGCACGCUACCUUGCCAUGAACAAGAUCACCAAUAUCAAAAGGUACCACAUUGCCAAAGUCUACCGGCGAGACAACCCAGCCAUGACACGAGGGCGCUACAGGGAGUUCUAUCAAUGUGAUUUUGACAUCGCAGGGCAAUACGAUGCCAUGAUUCCUGACGCCGAGUGUUUGAAGAUCGUCUAUGAGAUCCUGAGUGACCUGCAGCUGGGGGAUUUCUGCAUUAAGGUCAAUGACAGGCGUAUUCUUGACGGGAUGUUUGCGGUCUGCGGCGUACCGGACGAGAAGUUCCGCACCAUCUGCUCAACAGUGGACAAACUGGACAAGAUGCCUUGGGAGGAUGUCAAGAACGAGAUGGUGAACGAGAAAGGUUUGGCUCCAGAGGUAGCAGACCAAAUUGGGGAGUACGUUAGUAAGCGAGGUGGAAUGGAGCUGGUGGACGAGCUGUUACAGGACCCUAAAAUGUCCCAGAGCAAGCAGGCCUGCGCUGGGCUGGCAGACAUGAAGCAGCUGUUUUGCUACCUGGAGCUGUUCAAGGUGACGAAGGUGCUGUUUGAUCUCAGCCUGGCCCGUGGUCUUGAUUACUACACGGGCGUGAUCUACGAGGCUACACUGGCGUCGACCGUCCCAGCACAGCAACAGAACGACAGCGCCAGUGAAGAGGGCGUCAGCGUGGGCAGCGUGGCCGGGGGCGGACGCUACGACGGCCUGGUGGGCAUGUUCGACCCCAAAGGCCGCAAGGUGCCAUGUGUCGGCGUCAGCAUCGGGAUCGAGCGCAUCUUCUCCAUCAUGGAGCAGAAGGCAGAGGCUGAGAAGGUACGGACCACGGAGACGCAAGUGCUGGUCGCGUCGGCACAGAAGAACCUGCUGGAGGAGCGGCUGAAGCUGACGGCGGAGCUCUGGGAAGCUGGAGUGAAGGCAGAAGUGAUGUACAAGAAGAAUCCCAAGCUGCUGAACCAGCUGCAGUACUGUGAGGAGACGGGUAUCCCCCUAGUGGCCAUCAUCGGCGAGCAGGAGCUGAAGGACGGGGUGGUUAAGCUGCGGACGGUGACCAGCCGUGAAGAGGUGGACGUGUCACGGGCGGAGCUGGUGGGGGAAGUAAAGAAACGAUCUGGCUGAUCAUAGAUUCCCUGGGACCCUAAGUGAUGCCCAGUCUUUCCAAUUGAUAUCCCAAUAACAGCUGUCUGCUAACGGCUAGGCUGCCCUCCUUGUUAGUCUGUGUACCUUAAAGGAACCAAAACCAGAUGUUCCAUUCCAGCUGAAAUAAUGUCACAGCUCACCUUACAUCCAUACUUGUUUACUUAAAAUCAGUCCUAUAAAUAAAAUGGUGUCCUAUUUAAAAUC